AUGAAAGUCUUCAACAAUGUAGGCGCAGUUCCAUUUGUUGUUGGCGAAACACGCAGCAAAGAAGAAAUAGAAGAGUCAGCCGUUUGGCAAAAACUGACCGAAACUAAAAUUAUUCAGUUUAAUGCUUCGAUUAAUAGAAUUAAAUUCUCACCCCUCGAUCCAAAUCCAUUAGUUGUACUUUCUGGGCUUACAGGUCCAUGGAUUAAUGGCAAAUCAUAUACACAAGACUUCGCAUUUGCUAAAGCAAAGGCACAAUUUUCUGCUGUUGCGUUCAGAAACGAUGGUGUUUUAAUUGCACUCGGCAGAGAAGAUGGAACUGUUGAUAUUUAUCCUACAAAGGAUCACCAAACAUUACUUCGUCGUUUCAAAUUACAUUCCGGAAUUAUUCAUGAUCUUGCAUUUUCUCCAUUUUCAAACACUGUUGUUGCAGCGUGUGGAGAUGGAACUAUUCAAAUCAUGGAUGUUUCCGGUGCUAAUGAUGUUGUAGUGAUUAAAGCUCAUAAUGACGCCGUUUCAUCAAUUAUCCCUAUGGAAUCCGGAAAUAUCUGGGUUUCCGGCUCCCACGACAAGACUGUUGGUAUUUGGGACUUAAAUAAACAAGAAAAAAUCGGAUCAAUUGAAACAGAAAAUCCUGUAUCGAAUUUAGUAGCAAAAGGUAGACGUGUAUUUGCUGCCUCAUCCGAAAAUGUCGUAGCUAUUGACAUUCUCGCUAAAAUUACAAAAGUUGGAACCUUUACUUUACAUAAUCGACCGAUUGUUGGCCUUACUAUUGUCAGAUCCAACCUUGUUACGGCAUCUUCUGAUAGACAGAUCAAGAUAAUUGAUCCUGCAUCGUUCACAGUUUUAUAUACCAUUAAAAUGCACUCAGACAUCGUUAGUAUUGCAGCAUUACCUGAUGCAACCAAGUUUGCAUGCGCCCUUUCCGGCGGUGUCCUCCAGAUCCGUCAUUUACCAGAAAAAUCUCAAAAUAAGACAGAACGACCACAAGUUCAAAUGCCUGCAAACUUCAGAGUUUUCAGACCCCCGCAGAACCAACGCAAAGAAAAGUGGAAUCAGUGCUUAAUCAGAUUUGAAUUCGCAGAAGCUCUCGAUUACGCCCUGAAAGAGAGCGAUCCGGCCAUCGGAAUUGGAAUGAUUGAUGAACUUGACCGUCUUGGCGGCCUUGACGCUGCCAUUGCUGGAAGAGAUGCAAUGGGUGUCCAACCACUCCUCAAAUUCCUUAUCGCGAACGUUUCAAAUCCAACGUGGUCGUCCGUAGUUCUCAAAGCGGUUAUUGUUUUUGAGAGAAUUUACAGAAGAGUUAUUGGAGACGUUCCAGCGGUAGGAAAGAUGUUUGAUGAGCUCUCCUCGAAGAUAGGUGAGGAGCUUAAGGAACAAAGAAGAGCAGCAAUGUUGAUCGGAAAGAUAGAUUUGCUUCUCAAGUAA